GUUCUAGCCGUUACUUUCAUCUCACCUUAUAUAAUAAGUCCAAGUCUAUCAAGUCGAUCGAUGGUGUCCGGUCAACCAUAGGGCCUGCCUACGUACCACAUUCCCAUGUGGUGAUCCUACUCAUCAUUCUCCAUGGGCCCUUUUUUCAGCACCACUCUCCGGGGAUAGGCUAGAUCUCCAUGGCAUCUUUUCCUGCUGCAUCGCUCUUCUCUCUGCCACUCACGUCAUGGCAGCAACCUCGCAGUGUGCGCGUCUCUCGGUAUGAGCCCAGGAAGCGCAAGAAAGAUCUUAAUGACUGGGGGGAUGACGAUGACGACGGAGAGGGAGAUGGAGACACCACCGAUGCUGUAUCAGAGGUAGCACCUGGCACGUCACUCACCUUGUCUCCGGAUGAAGCCCAUCAGUAUCGGGUUGCGGGCCUUUCUUUCGACCGGGAACUCCCCGGGGGACGUUUCCCGCAUGGCCCUGCUCAAGAUCAACCAACCCGCCCGCAUACAAAAGAGCGAAUACUAAAAGAGCUGACCUCGCUGUCUUCUCCGAUCUUUCUGCCCCAGGCAGCUGCCCACCAGGGAAACCUUCGUAUGCAGCAUCUUGCCGUGCUGUCGUCUAUCCUGCAUCGUUGUCUUCUCCAAGGCGACUAUAUCCGGGCAGGAAGGGCCUGGGGACUGAUUCUGCGCGAGGAAGUCCGGGGGGCUCCCAUUGACGUUCGCGCUGAAGGAAGAUGGGGCAUCGGUGCAGAGAUUUUGCUCCGACGAGAGACCACUGCCGAAAAUGCGUUGGUGGAUGACGGCUCACCGGUUGUAGCGGCGCCAUCUUCCGGGCCCUUCUUCACGAGGGAGGGCUUUGAAAAUGCCAAGGAGUAUUACGAACUACUCAUCAUACAGCAUCCGUAUCGGAAGUUUCACCACGAUGCUAUUAACCCCUUGCAUUUUUAUCCUGCUAUGUUCGGGCUCUGGAUAUACGUGGCCCAGGAAGAGAGCAAGGCUUCUCGGCAAGAUAUCCGGAACGAACAUGGCAGUACUCUUGAAGACUACUCGGACGAUGAAGAGUCCGAGUCUGAGUUACUAGAGCGUGCUAGCUCAAGGCAACGCGUCUAUGCCCUUCUUGCCGGGGCCAGGAAGAAGGAGCUGGACGAGGCCCAAAAGAUCGCAGCGAGGAUGGACGAGAUUAUCGUUUCCCCUCCUUAUGCUGAUUCCUCGGAGUUAUUGGAGCUCAGGGGAAUGGUGUCCUUAUGGAUUGCCGAUCUUCAUGUUUCCUCGGUGCCUUUCACACGGAGGAACAAACGAAUGGACGACUCUGAUACCGAUGGGAACGGUUCCGUAUCCGCUGACGACAUACAAGAGAACCUCCAAGAAAGGCGGGAACGCCGGUUUGCUUUUGAGAGGAAAGAAGCCGAAUCACAAAAGUCGCAAGAAUUCUUCCAGAAGGCUAAGCAACGUGGGAAAGGAGUCGCCUCGACUCUUGGGGAUUUUCAUAUUGACGACGAUGACGAUGACGAUGAUGAUUUUGUGGGCGACUAUGUGCAUGCAAAAGGGGCUGGUCAGCCUCGACCACGCACCACUGAGGCCGCAAACCAGUCACGACAAGCUCUAGCAGCUCAGGCAAGGGUCGAAGUCCCCUCGACAACUCUGGUCGCACCAGUACCCCUGCCGUUCAAUAAGCCGGUAUCACUGGAGCAUUACGGCGCCCCGUCCUUUACCGAGCAGAUGCCUCAGGCGCCGGCAGACAACCAUGCCCACAGAGACAUGUUUGACACGGACGUCGAAGGCAUCGAUGAUUCCACCAUCGCAGCAACCAGUGUCAUCGGCGUCGAGGAUGUUCCGCUGCAAUACCAAUUACGACCCGCCACGGUCCCCCAGCAGCAGCAGCAGCAUCAUCAUCAUCAUCAUCAUCAUCAGGAAGCGGAUGUCGACGACGAGAGGCCCCUGUACCCGUCUCGCCUGCCACGCCGUGCCUACGAUGGCAAAUGGUACGAGAAUCUCGGGGACAAGGCCAUGAGAUCCGCCGGCUUCGACUCGGAAGACGUCGACAACACCAGCCAAUUGACCUCCAUGGCCGGGGACGACGAACAAUCCGACACGACCGAGGACCCGGACUACGUCCGCGGAUACAGAUCCUCAGCAGAAGAGCCUCUGAGCAAGCGACUGCAUAACUUCUGGAGCGCCAGCAGAAAGUCGUAUCAGAACCCCGAGACCACCGCCUACCCGGAACCGUCCAAAGGUGCUUCGCACCGGCAGUCCACGAUCACCGACGCCAGGAUGGCCAACCCCGUCACCGGCAACAGGAAGGUCACUCUCCCACGCAGCAUGACCGCCACCCCACGGACCCGAUUCAGUCCCCCCAAGCCAUCUCUCCUGGAGCAGUUGGACAUCACUCCAACCCGACGCACCUCAGGACCUCGACCCCAGCCCGGCAAGGAACCAGGCAUCACCACCACCACCGCCACUACCACCAUCAACCACCGCGACAGCGAAGACGACGCCCACCUCUUCCACCCCAGCCACAGCCACAGAAGACACGACAGCCUCCCACCAUUGAGCGCCUUCGACAUGACCAACCUCGACGACCUGGACUCCGACCCCAUCAACGACCCCUUCUCCCGGCGCGCCUCCUUCUUCUCCACCCUCUCCAUCGACGAGUGGGAGGACUACGGCGAUCUCCUAAUCGAUCAAUUCAGCGCCGCGCUUUCCGAAAUGAAAGACCUGCGCCAGGCGAGGCGGAAAACCGCCGCUACCUUCGAGGCGGAGGUCAAGCGGAGACAUGAGGUCGUGGAGGAUCAGUCGGCGGACCUGUCGAGGAAGUUUGAUGAAAUGAGGAGUGGUGGUGCCGAGGUGUUGAGGGGUCGGACGCCUUGAAUGAUUUGAUUUGACUUAAUUAUUGCAGCAGUAUCAAUGAUUAUAUGCAUGUGUUCAGAUACUUCUACUGCCGCCGGGGUUUUAUUAUCAUUGAUAUAUUGUUGUGGACUGAUAAUAUUCUGUGCAUGGUUUCCACGUGAUUCUUCUCAUCUUUAUCAGUUUUUC